CACCAACUUUAAACCCUAAUUCAGGAUCUCUCUCUUUUUUUUCUCUCUAUCUCUCUCUCUCUUCCCACAUUAAUCUUUUCUACGACCAUAAUCUCUUGACUUAAAAUCAGAAAAUGAAACAGCUUUCGACAAAAGUGACAAGCAAUGGUCAUGGACAAGACUCAUCCUACUUCUUGGGAUGGGAAGAGUACGAGAAGAAUCCUUACGAUGAGAUCACGAACCCUAAUGGGAUGAUCCAGAUGGGUCUUGCCGAAAACCAGCUAUGUUUCGAUUUAAUCGAGUCAUGGUUAGCUAAGAACCCAGACGCAGCUAGUCUGAAGAGGAACGGUCAAUCCAUUUUCAAAGAGCUUGCUCUCUUUCAAGACUAUCAUGGCAUGCCUGAAUUCAAAAAAGCUAUGGCUGAGUUUAUGGAGGAAAUAAGAGGAAACCGAGUCACCUUCGACCCGAAAAAGAUUGUUUUAGCUGCUGGUUCAACCUCUGCGAACGAGACUCUCAUAUUUUGUCUUGCAGAACCUGGCGAUGCUUUCCUCUUGCCUACUCCUUACUAUCCAGGAUUUGAUAGAGAUCUUAAAUGGAGAACCGGAGCUGAGAUUGUACCUAUCCACUGCUCGAGCUCUAAUGGCUUCCAAAUCACGGAAGCGGCUCUGCAACAAGCUUACCAACAAGCCCAAAAACUUGAUCUCAAAGUCAAAGGAGUUCUUGUCACGAAUCCAUCUAACCCACUUGGCACUGCGCUGACCAGACGCGAACUCAACCUUCUCGUUGACUUCAUCACUUCCAAAAACAUUCAUCUCAUCAGCGACGAAAUCUACUCAGGCACCAUGUUUGGGUUUGAACAGUUCAUAAGUGUAAUGGAUGUCUUGAAAGACAAGAAACUCGAAAACACCGAGGUUUCAAAACGAGUCCACGUCGUCUAUAGCCUUUCCAAGGAUUUGGGACUCCCUGGUUUCCGUGUGGGAGCGAUCUACUCCAACGACGAAAUGAUCGUUUCAGCAGCUACAAAAAUGUCAAGUUUCGGUCUUGUUUCUUCUCAGACACAGUACCUUCUCUCUGCCUUGCUCUCUGACAAGAAGUUCACAAGCCAAUACCUCGAAGAGAACCAGAAACGCCUCAAGUCGAGACAGAGACGCCUCGUGUCUGGUCUUGAGGCUGCGGGGAUUACUUCCCUGAGAAGCAACGCAGGUUUGUUCUGUUGGGUCGACAUGAGGCAUCUCUUGGACACAAACACAUUCGAAGCAGAGCUUGAGCUCUGGAAAAAGAUUGUUUACAACGUGAAACUAAACAUCUCGCCUGGUUCGUCGUGUCACUGCACCGAACCGGGUUGGUUUAGGGUUUGUUUCGCUAAUAUGAGCGAGGAUACACUCGAUUUGGCCUUGAAGAGGCUCAAAACUUUCGUAGAGUCCACAGACUGUGGACGAAUGAUAUCAAGAAGCAGCCAUGAAAGGCUCAAGAGUUUGAGGAAGAAGACAGUCUCUAACUGGGUUUUCCGGGUUUCAUGGUCCGAUCGUGUACCUGAUGAACGAUGAAAAUAUUCAUCUCCCUAAGUUUGAGACGACGAACACGAAAAACUUCACGGUUUUUUCUUCUUCUUUAUUUCCUUCAUUUUUUUAUAUUUUGGGAAAGUAUUUUUCAUUUUCCAAGAUAUCUAUAAUCAUAUCAUUAUAUAUGUAAUAUUCAUUUAUGUUUGGGUGAGUUUUUAUGCAAUUUUUCGGUGUAAAGUUGUUAUAUGUUGUUAUAUGUUUUUAAAGUGCACUCAGUCCGAAUGUGGAUUUGCAGUGGUUAUAUAUAUAAUAUAUAUAUCCCCUUGUAAUUUAAGUGGAAGUUUGCAUGUAUUAUUGUACACAUAAAUAUGUAAUUCACUCUUUUUAAUAUAUAUUAUAUUUUUGAAU